AUAUCUUCAGAUCACAGCCCUGAAAAUUUCUCUUCCCGACAGAGAGAGAGAAGCAGAUCGUAUCAUCAUCACGAGACGGCCAUCACAAUAACAGAGAAGGAGAGAGAGAGAGAGAGAGAGAGAGGAUGUCUGGUGUGGUUGCUCUUGGUCAUGCGAGCUCGUGGGGCGCAGCGCUGGUAAGGAUCUCGCCGUAUACUUUCUCCGCAAUCGGAAUCGCCAUCUCGAUCGGCGUCUCAGUCCUCGGUGCCGCCUGGGGAAUUUACAUUACGGGAAGUAGUUUGAUCGGUGCGGCUAUAGAAGCUCCUCGUAUCACUUCCAAGAAUCUCAUCAGUGUCAUCUUUUGCGAAGCUGUAGCUAUAUAUGGUGUUAUUGUUGCAAUCAUACUGCAAACAAAGUUGGAGAGUGUCCCAUCUUCAAAGAUGUAUGACGCUGAGUCUCUUAGAGCUGGAUAUGCAAUCUUCGCAUCUGGAAUCAUAGUUGGAUUCGCCAACCUUGUAUGCGGGUCUGUAUCUUCCCUUUUCUCCUUCCUUACAGUUUUGGUUUUUGGAUUACAUUGUCAGAUAUGCAACGGAGGUCUACAUUUCCCUUGUAGGUUAUGUGUAGGAAUCAUUGGAAGCAGUUGUGCAUUGUCUGAUGCUCAAAACUCGACACUCUUUGUAAAGAUUCUUGUGAUUGAGAUCUUCGGGAGUGCUCUCGGGUUGUUUGGAGUUAUUGUGGGAAUCAUUAUGUCUGCACAAGCGACAUGGCCAACGAAAUAGAUAUAUCCGGUCUGUAUAUGUUGUGGUCUACUUGCAAAUCUGGAAAAAACACAUGGCUUCUUGAAUAUCUUCAUUGUUAUAUGGAUACUGAUGUCUAGAAGAAAAUCAUGUGCGAAAACUGAGAACCACUUUUGGAUUUUUAAUUUUUUGUAUUUGUUUAAAACUUUGGAACAAGUCACUUUGGAGAACAUCUUCAUGUUUGUAUUCAUUCUCUUUGGUUUCUCUUAUAAUCAAAGACAAGAGUUUGUAUAUGAUUUGUUUUUGGUUCA